CAGCUGAGGCGAAAACUGCUUCACUCAUUCGUGAAUCAUGAGCAGUGACGACAAAAAGUCUCUCGUUCAUCCAGGGGACUUGCUGGCCGCGGUCAGGACCCGUUUCGGCCCCGAUGCACGAAUCAUCGACUACGAAGUGGUGCAGGGCACGGAAACGAUUCAAGGAUUUGCCUCCUUAAUGCUGCGUGCCAAGGUCAAGGUGGAGGAUGGCGACCAGAAGCGAGAGAUCAACUUCAUGGUGAAGAGGACUCCUGUGGUGGCACUGCAUGCAGAAAUGCUUGCCAGCAUGGGAAACGUGGUAGAGCGGGAAGGAAUCUUUUUCGACACCCUACUGCCCAUCCUGGAGGAGCGUAGUCCCGGCCUUCCGGUGGUCAAGGCUCUGGUGUGCCACAAGGAUGCCCUGAUCAUGGAGGACUUGUGUGACAAGGGCUUUAAGACGGUGGCCAAGGACUUUGGCGAGAUGGGACGCGGCGCCCUGACCUUACCAGUCGCCAGGAUGUGCUUCCGCCAGUUGGCCAAAUUGCACGCCGCCUCACUGGACAUCGACUGGAAGCAGGUAGCGCCGCCUGGAUUCUUCGCUCAAGACAUCCUGAUGGAGGGCAAAGCAGCCGAGCAGUUCGGGGAGCACUUUGGCAAAACAAUCGAAAUGGUCAUCAUUCCCAUUCUACGCAAAAUUAAGCCGGAUUUACCAGGAUUAGAGAAAUAUGAGGAGUUCCUGAGAAGCAAAACUAUGUUCGAUAACAUGGUACCAUUCACAAAGUAUGACGAGGCAAAUGGUCCCAAUUUGCUGCUGCACGCUGACUUCCACCUGAAUAACACCAUGUUCAAGUUGAGCGAGGACGGCACGCCGCUGGACAUGCGUUUUAUCGACUUCCAGAUCCUGAGAUACGCGCCACCCUACACUGACCUGGUCAACUUUCUUUACACGGGCACCAACAAUUCGUUCAGGAAUAAGCACGAGAAGGACCUGAUCAGGGUAUACAUCGAAGCGUUCAACGCAGCAGCAAACAGGACACCGGACCUGCUCGACUUUGACACGUUCUACGCGGGCUACGACAAGGCACGGUACUACGGCGUAGUGUUCGCCCUGGGCGUUAAGCCAAUGCUGUUGAUGUCACAACUGAAUCCUGAUGCGGGAGGUGAAGUCACCGAGGAGAUCAUGGAGGCGAUGCAGAACACAGACUUGUCAGCGCCAGCCAUGGCGUUCUUCGACAAUGAUCCAGUAUUCAAGCAAGAGAUGGAGGAGUUGAUUGAACACACAAUUGAAGUAUUUAAGAGAUCUGUGUCAAUCGAAUAAAGUUUAUCAAAUAUAA